CGGUGGCCGGUGUCGUGUAUUUUGCAGAAUCACCAUGGCGCUGAAAGAGACCGCUGGGCUGUAUGAGACACUUAAAGCGGAGUGGAACAAGAAAAAUCCAAACCUAAACAAAUGUGGAGACCUUCUGAGCAAGCUUAAGAUUUCAUUAUUGGAUCUGAACUUUUUACCUACCAGUGGAUCCUCUCUCACCAAGCAGCAGCUCAUUUUAGCUCGUGAUGUCCUUGAAAUAGGAGCCUUAUGGAGCAUCCUCAAGAAGGACAUCCCAUCCUUUGAGCGAUACAUGGCCCAGCUAAAAUGUUACUACUUUGAUUACAAGGAAGAGCUGCCUGAAGCUGCCUACAUGCAUCAGUUACUUGGACUGAACCUGCUCUUCCUGCUUUCGCAGAAUCGCGUGUCUGAGUUUCACACAGAACUCGAAAGAUUGAGUGCUAGAGAUAUUCAGACCAACGUGUACAUCAGACACCCAGUGUCUCUAGAGCAGUACUUGAUGGAGGGAAGCUACAACAAAGUAUUCCUAGCCAAAGGCAACAUCCCUGCUGAGAGCUACACCUUUUUUAUAGAUAUUCUUCUGGACACAAUUCGCGAUGAGAUUGCAGGUUGCAUAGAGAAGGCGUAUGAGCAGAUCCAGUUCAGUGAAGCUACCCGUGUGCUUUUCUUCAGUUCCCCCAAAAAGAUGACAGAGUAUGCCAAGAAGAGAGGAUGGAAUUUGAGUGCAGAUGGCUAUUACUCUUUCACCAAUCAGCAACAGCGGACAGAAGAGGUGAACAUCCCUUCUACUGAGCUGGCACAACAGGUCAUCGAAUACGCACGACAGCUGGAAAUGAUUGUGUAAUCCGCCCCCAGGAACACACUCAACCAUGUACAGAUGCACUCAGACAAACACGCCACUGGUCCAGUAUACAUCCAGUCAGCUCAAACACAGUUUCACUAAGGGAUAUGACUUCCUUUAUUGCCAGAGUGGUUUAUUUGUUUCCUAUGCCUCACAAAUCAACUGGCAUCCAUUAUUCCUGUUUUCCCAAAUCUACCUGGAAGUCUGACAGAUUGGUUUUUAUUUUAAUACAAAAAAAACUCCACUGAAAAUAUCACCUUUGGUCUAAUUAGAAGUUGCUAUAUAAAUAUCUAUAUUACAGACAUGUGAGGGUCUGAGUGUUUAAAGCUGGUUCUUUUAUUCAAAAUACCAUCUGUCCAACAUUAAACUUUAGUUUUCUUUAGUCAUUCCCAGAUCUUUUUUUUUUUUUUUUAAACACUGGGUCUCUUCUUUUUCAACUGUAAGAAAGUUUAAAGUCAUCACCCUAAUUUUGGUAUUCAGUGUCAAACAACUGUCAACAAUCUCACCAUUUUUUCCCCUGAACUUCUAAUUCUUUUUGUAUCAAAGUUUUCUCCUGGGUAGAACUAAAAUAAAUGUAUUGCCCUUGCCUUGUAUCUAAAAUUGCCACUGAAGUUUGUGUUUGACUCUUCCUCACUAGACAUUUUGUAAACACAUUGAUCUACAAUAAAUGAU